CAGCAACGCUCCAACAAGGCUGAUCUCUGUAUCCUGAGACUUACACACGCCGGUUAUAGAAUCUCCCCUCUUUUCGACGUCUCAGUGAACUUGAUCUUGUCUUUUUUGUGCGUUGCUACGUUUCCGCAUUUUCCCAGCAGCACAACCCAAGACAAAAUGGCUUCCCUCGCGCGCCCGUUCACUUUGAGACAGACCUGCCUCUCCAUCUCCAGAUCGUCCCUGCCCAGGACGACUGCUCCUGGAAUUUCGCAGAUCGUGGCUUUCCAUGCGUCGACUAAGAAGAACAUUCUUCCUCCGCUGCCUCAGACUAUCCAGGGAACAGUGAAUGAUGCUGCGCCUGUUCCCAAACCUCAUCCUUCUGAGGGUAGCUACCACUGGACCUUCGAGAGACUCAUAUCCGCCGGUCUGGUGCCUCUCACCAUUGCGCCCUUCGCUGGCGGGUCUCUGAACCCUGUCUUGGAUGCUGUCCUUUGUUCACUCUUGAUCGUCCACUCCCACAUUGGAUUCCAGGCCUCAAUCACCGAUUACUUCCCUCUCCGCCGUGUUCCUAAGACCCGGAAAUUCCUCACAUGGGUCCUGCGUGGUGCCACACUGGGAACCGCGGUUGGUCUGUAUGAGUUUGAGACGAACGACAUUGGCUUGACGGGGGCUAUUAAGAGGGUCUGGGAGGCUUGAUUUCUGGGGCAAAGCUGUACAUCAUCAAUAGCCUUCUUUCCCGCUCAUUUUCUGGUUUCUUCUUCCAUUUGGUCCAGGCUACAUGAUUAUAAAUAUAAGCUUUCCUUGUCUGAGUCUCUGGGCAUAGUCUUGGUUUCUGCAUUUUGGUUGUAGGUCCGUGGUUAUGUACUCUUAGCGAGAUGUACUUCAUACCCGAUAUGGAAGUGUGAAAUUAAGACAUGGAUUUCAAAUGGCAAAGC